AUGGUUCUGGGAUCUGAGCUUGUCUGUUGGAUCUGGAGGAAAAUAAGGAAAACGCCAGAACCAGAACCAGCUCCAUUUGAGCUGGCCAUCUUCAACGAGCUGGGCGAGGACUGUAUAACGAAGCACUACCACUUCGAUCGAUUGCGUGUGCCGAAGGAGAAACAGGAUUGCGGCAAUCCCUAUUGCAGCUCGCUUCAAAAGCAAAAGAUUUUGAACCGGAUCGAUGCAGCGGUAUAUUCCGUAGAUGUAGCCAUUUUUGCGUUCACAUCCGUGGUCAUGACGAAUGCGUUACAACGAGCAUUAAGCCGAAACGCAUGUGUUCGUAUAAUCACCCAUGCCAAGGCAGCAGAUUCGCAACCCUUCAAAACGUUGCGCCAUUUUGGGGUUCAGGUGCGCGUACCCCAAAACCCGUUAAACUCCAAUGCCCUAAUGCACCACAAGUUCUUUGUGGUGGACGCCGCGUCCCGAGUGAUGGCCGUCCAGAAAAGCCGGGGAUUUAGCCAUCAUCGUCCUUUCGUAACAACGUUCGCUACCGGCUCCAUAAACUGGACAAUGGAGGGCUUUGGCGGCAACCGGGAGAACUGCCUCAUCAGCUACGACGCAGAAAAUGCCGAGAUCUUUCAGGCGGAGUUUAAUCGCCUGUGGGAAAUCUCCACCGAUCCUCUAACCAUAUAUGAAGUCGAAGAAGUUUGGUAA